CCACGGCCCCACCUUAGCAAGUCAACAUCACACUAUAGUCCAAACAAUGUUCUUUCUUGCCCAUCUCCCUGUUUUCUACUGUAUUAUUGCUCUGUUCUCAUCACUACCGUGCAGUUUUUCAUUGAAUACAAUCAUCACAGAUCUCACUGCCACCUAACCCGUCACCUCUUCCCUUGCAUGUCUUCCUUUUCCGAUCGAGAUGACGGCAGCCAACAUUUCACCGGCUCUGUUUCUGGCUCCGACCUCAAAUCACGGAAACCAUGCCUUUCAGGAUCUCUUGUCUCACCGCGGAUUCAUCAGAAUGAACCUGCAGCUUAACUGUUCGUCUUCCAGAACUCGGAAGCUCCGAGUCCUCUGCGAGUCGAAGUUGAAGGAAGUGCAAAUUAGGAAGUGCUCACCUAUUUUGGAGAGCAUAUAUUUGUCAGGGAAUGUAUCAUUGCCAUCUUCUGAAUACAAAACAGUUCCCGAUAUAUGGAGGAUGGCAGCAGAGAAGUUUGGCAGCCGCAUAGCAUUAGUGGACCCAUAUCAUAACCCCCCAACAAAUUUGAGCUACAAGCAGCUUGAGAAGGAAAUUCUGAGCUUUGCCGAAGGCCUUAGAGCUGUUGGGUUAAAACCAGAUGAAAAGAUUGCGCUUUUUGCAGAUAAUUCAUGCCGAUGGCUAGUUGCAGAUCAAGGUAUAAUGUCUACUGGCGCAAUCAAUGUGGUGAGGGGUUCGAGGUCAUCAGUUGAUGAGCUUUUGCAUAUAUACAACCAUUCUGAAAGUGUCGCCCUUGUUGUCGACAGUCCAGAAAUGUACAGCCAAAUUGCAGAAACUUUCCACACUCAUGUAGAUGUAAGAUUCGUCAUCAUCCUUUGGGGAGAAAAGUCAAGUAUCACACAUGAAGUAUUAGAUGGACUCCCCAUGUAUACUUAUACAGAGAUCUUAGAUUUGGGAAAUGAGAGUCAUAUGGUGUUGCUUCACUCACAAGAAGCUGGGCAUCAAUACACAUAUGAACCAAUCAAAUCCGAUGAUGUCGCUACACUUGUUUAUACUAGUGGAACUACGGGGAAUCCAAAAGGUGUUAUGCUUACACAUAACAAUCUGCUUCACCAGGUUUUGAAUCUCUGGGAUCCUGUACCUGUUCUGCCAGGGGAUAGAUUCCUGAGCAUGCUUCCUCCUUGGCAUGCAUAUGAACGUGCUGCUGAGUAUUUCUUACUCUCUCUUGGAUGUGAGCUAGUAUACACUACGGUAAAAAACUUAAAGGAAGAUCUAAAACUUUAUCAGCCACAGUACGUAAUAUCAGUUCCUUUGGUAUAUGAGACAUUGUACAGUGGAGUUCUGAAGCAGAUUAAUAAAAGCAGCACUGCUCGUAAUCUCAUUGCCUUGUUAUUUUUAAAGAUCAGUUUGGCGUACAAGGAAGCCAAAAGGAUAUAUGAGGGGAAAUGCUUAACACAGGAUCAGAAGCAGCCUUCUUAUCUUGUUUCAGUUUUUGACUGGUUAUGCGCCAGAGCCAUUGCUGCUCUAUUGUGGCCAUUGCAUUUGUUGGCAAGGAAAUUAGUUUACAGUAAAAUUCACUCAAAUCUUAGUAUGUCUAAGGCUGGAAUAAGUGGAGGUGGUAGUCUAUCCCCACACGUCGACAGGUUCUUUGAGGCAAUUGACAUGACAAUACAGAAUGGAUAUGGUUUAACAGAGUCAUCUCCUGUUGUUGCAUGUCGGCGUCCAAACUUGAAUGUAAUUGGUUCAAUCGGGCAUCCCAUUCGGUACACAGAAAUAAAAGUUGUGGAUAUUGAAACAGAUGAAGUCCUCCCUCAUGGUUCAAAAGGCAUUGUCAAAGUCAAGGGACCACAAGUCAUGAAGGGGUACUACAAGAAUUCUAUGGCUACAAAGCAAGCUAUAGAUGAGAACGGAUGGCUAAAUACUGGCGAUCUUGGUAGGAUUGUUCCUCAUCAUUCUAUCGGACGAUCCCGUAAUGCCUCGGGUGUUAUUGUUCUCGAAGGUCGUGCCAAGGACACUAUAGUCCUUUCAUCAGGUGAAAACAUUGAACCAUCUGAGAUUGAAGAUGCUGCAAUGGGUAGCAAUUUAAUUCGGAAUAUUGUUGUCAUUGGCCAGGAUAAACGCCGUCUUGGAGCUAUUGUUGUACCACAUAAGGAAGAGGUCCUUUCUGCUGCAAAAAGAUUGUCUGUUGUGGAUGCUGAUGCCACUGAAGUUAGCAAGGAGAAAACAGCUAGCCUACUACAUAAAGAACUAGUUAAAUGGACGGCAGGUUGCAUGUUUCAAGUUGGUCCUCUCCUUGUGAUUGAUGAGCCUUUUACGGUUGAUAAUGGUUUGUUGACUCCAACAAUGAAAGUUAAGAGAGACAAAGUAACAGAUCUGUAUAAAGAACAAAUAGAAAAUCUAUAUAAUUGACUUCCCUAAACGUAUUUCCAAGCGUUCCUCCAAAAACUGAGAAUGAUGUAAUGUUGUUUUCAGUACUAGAAAAUUUACUCAUUUUUAGUCAGAUGUAGUAAUUAAUACUACGUACUACGUAUAAUUGUAUAGGCGUUUAACGAUUCUAAGUGCCUAUUGGUUCUGCAUAAUGGAGGUUAGCAUCCUGUCCAUCCAUGAUCCAUCCCUAUUAGGGAGUUGACUACAUAUAUAAACCAUUGAGGAUCACUGAAGAUAGGGGUAGAGAAGUGGUUGGACACAGUCCUACCAGUGGACUCCCGGUUCUGCUCCUCCAUUUGAUAUGAUUAGAUCAGAACCUUAAAUAGCAUGGUCCCGACCUCAGCCAUUGGGACUAGUAGUCAUGGUUUCGAUCGAUACUACUAAAGGAUCAUAAUUUAUCUUAUACUACUGUAUUUUAAUCCUAACACCUUGUUCUGGUUUUUCGUUUGACAAAACCAGACUAGGAUCUUAUGUAACAUUAUUACCGGGUUUGAUCAAAACAUGAUUGAUCAAAGCUGGAACUUUUUGAAAAAACUUUUGGUCUCGAACAUCAAUUAUUUGUAUUUGUUUUCUGCCUUGUUUCUUGUUCUUGGAUAGUUGGAUUGUUCAA